AUGACGAAUGAAAAAACAACAGAUCAAAACCAACGAAACCAAUCACCUGUAUGGAGUAAUGGCGUCCUCGUCAACUACUUGUUCGUCUCCGAUGAAAAAUACGAAGCGAUCAUGUCAUCGAUCGCUGCCAUGAACUCACUGAGUCUCGAGUCAGCCAAAACUCUGUUCGAGACCACUGAGGAUAUACACAAGGACCAUCGGAACAACGAGACGAGGCGACGACCCCGCCCGGACUACAUGCAUGGCCACUUCCCCGCCGCCAUCAACCCGCUGCACCGGGCCCACUGCGUCGAGCACCUCGUCAACAUGUCGGUGUGGCUCGGCCACAGGCAGGAGACCCUCCACCUGGCGGUCAACUGCCUCGACCGGUACCUGUCGUCAGUGGCCGGCAGCUACGAUCUGCGUGCGCCCAUCGUCAUCGUCGCGGUUGCCUGCAUGGCGAUCGCAUGCAAGUACGUGGAGAACAGAGUCAGCGAGUUCGGCCUGAAGGAGUUCGUCCGCAUCAGCAUGAACAUGUUCACGUGCGACGACAUCGUCAGAACGGAGCGUGUGGUUCUUAGGCAGCUCAACUACGAGCUGGCGGGCCCCACCGCGUGGAGUUUCCUGGAGAGGUACUUGACGGUUGCGGAGUUAGGAGAGACGAGGGGUAGUUUGGGGGAUAUGGCUAGUUACGUCGUGGAGUUGUCUCUUGUGUCGUACGAGAUGCUUCGAUACUUGCCCUCGAUGGUGGCGGCUUCUACGGUUUUCUUGACUCGGUGGAUACUUUUUCCCGGGGACGCGCCUUGGGACGCCAAGAUGGAGGACUACACGCGGUAUCAACCGUCGGAUCUAAAGGAGUGCGUGUUGGAGUUGCACGCGUUGUACGAGGUUAGCACCAACGGCAAACCGGAUUUGGUUGCGGUCAAAAAGAAGUACGACGGGGGGAAGUACAAUGGUGUUUCGUCGUGGAUUUCUCCUCCUUCUAUCCCUCUUAAUUUUUUUAGCAAUUCUUAUACGGACCAUGUUACUACGUAG